AUGUCUAAAUGGCCCGGUACGCCAGUAAUCCUAUGGAGAUGGAUGUUGAGCUUUGGGCAAGGAGCCGGAGCGUAUAUGACCGCUGCCAGUAAAUACCCCGAGGAUGACGAGUUACGUGCAUGGUACUUCAAUAGUACUUUGGAUUGCAUGCGAAAUGCUGGUGUCCCCAUUGACAACUUCCUUGUGGUCGCUUUUGGCCUACAGGAAUCCGUACCCAAGAUGAAGAAGAUAUGGACAAUUUCCGCGCUAGCGCGAAGGUGGCAGAGACCUAGAAAAUACUAG